CGAAACCGAAGUCGGCAUACAGACUGUUAAUCCGCUCGCGAGCACCAAGCCGGUCCCACGUAUCAUACAUGAAGUAAUUUCAUUACGAACAACUUGUCUCGAUUACGCGCUUUGAUCAUAUUUCAACGCCUCUUCCAUCACUGAUCUCACUCAAAAUGUUUUAGACGUUACUCGCAAACAAACUGGCCUAUUUCUACUUUUUUUUUAUUUUGGUGAAUUAUCUGUGUUGUGAAAUGUUUGUUAUUUUCAUCGCCGCUGCUGUUUUGAGCACAGUGACUGCAGAUUCUUCCGGCAUCAAAAACCUCGCCGGUGAACCGGAUUAUAGACAAGUCCGGCUGCACUGGGAAGUUGAUGAUGAUUCACAAAGCGAAUUUCAAGUCCGGUAUUGUGAACUCCAGACGUGGGGUGCACACAGAUGUCGGACUCAAAUGGUGAAUGAAUCUGAAGAGAAUGAAGUGGACGAGCAGGCGAAGGGCUAUAGUGUCGAAGUCAAAGGGCUUAGGAUGGCCACCACGUACUCGUUUGAGGUCAAAAGGGCCAAGGAGAGGGAGGAUAGGGCCGAAGGCGAUGACAAAGACGAAAAUACCAUUGUGAUACCCACCAAAGGAUUUUCCGCUAAGGCGACGCAGUGCCUUCCUCAUGCCAGUGAGAUCGAAGUAUCAACAGGUCCGUACUUCGGCGGGCGCAUCGCCGUGGAGGCGGCAGACGGGGAGAGGUGCGCCCUAGACGGCGAGGCCAGCAGCCCCCGAGACACCUACACCCUCCGCAUCAACCACACGGAAUGCGGCAGCCAAGUGAACGAGACCACAGUGGCAACUUUCGUUAUCGUCCAAGAAAACCUCCCAAUUUUGACCCACAGCACGAGGAGAUUCCUCGUGUUGUGCUCGUACCAACCGGAAACUCUCACCGUACGUGCCGGAAUAAAUUUACCAACGGGACAUUCCGGUCGUGGCCAGGCACAUAUGGCCCCGGUGCCAUACGAAGAAGACAACACGCUUGGGAGAAGAGGUCGCAACUUCCGAACUGGUAGAUUACUACAAAAACCUGAAGCGCUAGUAAAAGAAGAAACCAAAAUCUCGGAAAAUUUAUCCAAAACAAACGCCGUCCCCGUCAUCGUAAUAGCAAUGCUAUCAAUUGCUGGAGUUAUCGGUAUCAUCGCUAUUGCUAUAAAAAUCACCAACAAGAAGCUUCUUGAAGACUUGGACAACAUUUCUAUCGCUUCCGAGGUGACUACUAGUAGUUGCAGCACAUCACCAGACAGCGAAAUAUCUUGCCACAGCCAACCCCGAUCUGUGAUACAUGUAUAACAUGAUCACUCAUGCAUUAAACAACUAGUACCAAGUGUGAUUACAAUUUGAAUAAACUAAUUUAUAUUUCUA